AUGAAGGAAGUCUGUCACCGCCAUGGAGCCCUCCUAAUCUUCGAUGAGAUUAUGUGCGGGCUCGGCCGCACCGGCACGCAGCACGCUUGGCAGCACGAUGGUGUUGUCCCCGACAUUCAGACCGUGGGAAAGGUCCUCAGUGGAGGAUACGCUCCGAUCUCUGCGCUGUUGGUUCACGAGCGUGCGCUGGCCACCCAGCGCUAUAUUCAGGAAAAUAACCCGGUUGAGAAUGCUCGUUGCAUGGGUGAGUACCUUGGGGAACAGCUCCAACUGCAUCUUAGAGAGCACMCUCUCGUGGGAGACGUUCGAGGCCGAGGGCUGUUCUGGGCCGUGGAGAUCGUGCAGGAUAAAGCCACUAAGGCUCAUUUCGAUCCCAAGCUGAGCAUUGCUAAGCGGAUCUGGACUCAAGGGCUUGAACCUGGCUAUGACCUUUGCAUUUUCAGUGCUACCGGGGCUGCUGACGGUUGGAACGGCGACAAAUUCCUUUUAGCGCCACCGUACAUCGUUCAAAAGGAGGACGUCAAUGAAAUCGUGAAGCGUGUUGCCAAGGUGAUGGACAGCGGGAGGAAGGACAUCGAAUCUGUGGUCAGGGCAUAA